AUGGCUUCCUUCCAUGUUCUCACGAUUGUUGCAUUCAUUCUUCUAGCCAAACCUAGCAUCACUUCAGCUUGUGAAAAUGCUACUAUCCCCACCAAUUUCUCCAAAACCAAGAUUGGUUACACUGCCACCAAUUAUGAAAAGACAACCACUCCAUCCACUUCCUCACUAACCUUCAAAAACUACAUUAAAACCUCUUGCAACUCAACCACAUAUCCAUCAAUAUGCUACAGCACUUUAUCCCCCUAUGCUAAAACCAUUGAAGCAGAUCCUUUGAAGCUAUGCAGUGUGUCUCUUUCCCUAGCCUAUAAUUCAGCAAAGAAUGCAUCUUCCACCAUAUCAAAGAUUCUGAAGAAAAACAAUCUGACAAGGAUUGCUGAACAAGUGGUGCAAGAUUGCUUGGGCAAUGUGAAGGACUCCAUUGGUGAACUCAAAGAUUCCCUUGAUUCCUUGGGCCAUUUGGAUGGGGCUGACAGAAAAUUUCAGAUCAGCAACAUAAAGACAUGGGUGAGUGCUUCCAUCACCAACGACCAAACUUGCUCAGAUGGGUUUGAUGAGAUGAAAGUGAACUCCAAUUUGACAGAGAAAAUCAGAAAGGUUGUUUUGGAUGUGGCCAGGAAGACUAGCAAUGCUUUGUUAAAAUACCACAAGAAUAUGGUACAAGUCUCAAAUUUCGGUACUCUUUAUCCUCAAAACCUUCCCUUUUCAUCAGAGUAA